AUGGCGGAUAGUUACGAGAACCAAGAUCCCGAAAAGCUUCAGGGGAAGUAUAAAGCAAUAGUUGUUUCAUGUAUUCUUGGAAUCGGAUCUCUCGUUUCUUGGCAUAGUCUGCUCACUGUGGGAGAUUACUACUACAAAAAUUUCCCGGAUUACCAUCCUUCAAGAGUACUCACAUUUGUAUACCAACCAUUUGCGCUUGGAACAAUCAUAAUUCUCUCAUACCACGAAUCGAAGAUCAAUACUCGUAAACGUAACCUGAUCGGUUACAUUAUAUUCGCUAUAUCCACAUUCUUGCUCAUUGUAUUGGAUUUGACAACAAAAGGACACGGUGGGAUCGGACCGUACAUCGUGUUGUGCGCAAUUAUUGCCUCGUUUGGAUUUGCGGAUGCUGCCGUACGAGGAGGAAUGAUUGGAGACUUAUCGUUGAUGUGUCCUGAAAUCCUCCAGUCAUUCACGGCGGGUAUGUCUCUUGCUGGUGCCCUAACAUCAGCAUUCAGGCUAAUGACUAAAGCAGCAUUCGAGAAAUCUCAUGAUGGUCUACGAUUAGGAGCAAUGAUCUUUUUAGCUAUCUCUACAUUCAUAGAGUUCCUCUGUGUGAUGCUAUACGCUUACGUGUUCCCGAAGCUUCCAAUCGUUAAAUAUUACCGUAGAAAAGCCGCUUCUGAAGGAUCCAAAACUGUUUCUGCUGAUCUUGCUGCUGCUGGUAUCCAAAACCAAUCAGAUUUGACUGAUGAAGAUUCCAAGAAUCAACGGCUGAGUAACAAAGAGCUAUUGCUUCAAAACAUAGACUAUGCAAUGAAUCUAUGCCUUAUCUACGUUUUGACAUUUUCCAUUUUGCCCGGGUUCUUAUACGAGAACACGGGACAACACGGGAUGGGCGCAUGGUACGCACUUGUCCUAAUAGCGAUGUGCAACUGGUGCGACUUGAUUGGGAGGUACGCAACGCUGGUGAAAUGGCUAAAGCUUGAGAAUCGGAAAGGACUCACAUUUGCAGUAUUGUCGCGUUUCUUACUCGUUCCGGCGUUCUACUUCACGACGAAAUAUGGUGAUAAAGGAUGGAUGAUUAUGCUAGUUUCUGUUUUGGGAUUUAGUAAUGGACAUCUUACUGUUUGCAUUAUCACCAUAGCUCCUAAAGGAUACAAGGGUCCGGAGAAAAAUGCGUUGGGGAAUUUGCUGAUGACUUUUAUGUUAGGAGGAGCACUUGCAGGAAUAUCUUUCGGGUGGUUAUGGCUUAUUGGUAAGACAAAUGCCUUCUGA